AUGGCCAACAUUUCACCAAACCCUGCCCGCAAUGAGUUCUUUCAACAGCUCAAACCCUGCUGCGUGUCCAUAAGCCGGAUAGCGAUUGAUCCACCAAAGGGAGCCACAGCAAUUCGCCAUCUUGUCGACCUGAUCGAAGAGCUUCACGGCAUUAUCAGUUCCCAAAUCAACCGUGAUGCUUCCGUCUUUGACGACAAGCUGGCCGAUUAUGUUUUUUUUCCCCUGUCCCACGUCUUCAGAAACCAGGAGGGCUAUCCUGCCCGUCUCUUGGAGGCUGCCCUCAGGUGUCUUACCGCCAUCACUGUUCAUGGCUGGAAGGGCAGCAUCUCACCCCAGAUCGUCGAGCAGCUUCUCAUCCUGCUGACUUUUAUUGUUGGGGGGGCACCCGGACAGAACGACCAGCAUAACUCUCCAGAAGAGACGACACUGGAAGCUCUCAGGGCGCUGACAGCCUUGAUUACAGCGGCAGGCUCUUCUGCCGCUGCCGCCGCGUCCCUCGUCGAUGCCAAAACCAUCCCGGCACUGGGACAUGGCGUCACGGUGGUCAUCGACAGUGUAGCCAGUGGAAGAACACCGGAAAUCCAGCUGGAAUCAUUGCGAGCGCUCCAGGCGGUAUUCGGUAGCAUCAAAGACCACGCUGCGCUGGCCACUCUGUUACCGGGUGUCGUCUCGGCCCUCACCAAGCUGCUGUCGAUGCCAGCCCACGAGAAGACGCGGGUACUCGCGGCAGCCAUCACGACCUUGAGGCUAGUCCUUGUUGCCGUUCUCGGUGACAUGAGAACGAGAGCCAUCAGCAGAGAAAUUGCCAAAGACUCUGAAGCUGACAACCAGAAAGUGCUGAGUCGGCCAUGGCUAAACGCUACCGUUGCUCAAAUCAAGCUGGCUCUGGCCUCCGUCAUGAAGCUUCGCAACAGCAAGACCCACGAGGUCCGCGAUGCACUCGCAAACUUGUCCCUGACGCUUCUCGAUGAGUGUCACACGACCCUAGAAAACUGCAGUUCCAUUCUGGUCGAAUCAGCCACCAUGUUGGAACCCGAGGAAGACGCACCAUCCACCCUCACCACUAGCCUACAGGAUUUGGCGACCAUCUAUCCUGAACUAGCGGAAGUAAUUAAGGUCACGGUAUAUAACUGGCUGACCGCCCUGCCGCGAAUCAUGCAGUCGGCCGAAGAAGAGAAGAAGCAGGCCGCGAUUCGUAACGUCCUGAAGGGCACCGAGUUGGUGUCACGUUUGCAACUGGAUUCUUCCACGCUCAGUGACGCCGUGUCUAUGGCCCUGCGAGACAGUGUGUCCUCCCUUCUGGCUGGCGACGGUCAGAAGCAGGUGGUUCAGACUGUGUCGUCGAGCCUCGUCCCGCUUUCGGGGAAAGAUCUCACCCGGGCCGAUAGUACUGCAGCGGACUACAGCUUGAUAGUCCUUGGCCAUGAGAGUCAGAUAACCACAAGAUCUGAACUGUUGAGGUUGAUCUCUAAAGUCGGAUCUGCGUCUCAACAAGUGAAGCUGUCGCUCGAUAUGCUGGACCACUCGCAAGAACUGACAGAUGCAGCCCAAGUCUCUUCCCUCUGGCUAUCCUUCGAGCUUGUCAAAGCUGCCUUCACUCGGACUUCUGACGUUGAUGAUUAUCUUGACCUGUCAUCGGUCACUACAGAGUCGGAAGAUCCUGAGACAGCCUUGCGCGAGCUUUAUGCCCUCUCUGUGUCAUUCAUAGACGCUAGCAUGGAAAAUACAGAUGUCGAUUGGCGGCUUGAGGCCGUGGCGCUCGAGGUAGUGGCCUAUGCAGCAUCUCGCUCGAGGGAAGCAUUCCGACCCGAACUCAUCGAUGUCUUAUACCCCAUUGCAGCUUUUCUGGGUUCAUCAACCCCCCAAAUUCGAGAACACGCCAUGACAACCUUGAACAUCAUUGCGAGCUCUUGUGGUUACUCGAGUGUUUCAGAGCUCAUUAUAGAAAACGUUGACUACAUGGUCAAUUCGGUUUCACUUCGGCUCAACACGCUCGACAUUUCACCGGCGUCCACCAAGGUUCUUAUUAUGAUGACCCGCCUCACAGGCCCUCGCCUUAUACCAUAUCUGGACGACGUGGUAGCCUCCAUAUUUGCAGCGCUCGAUAAUUACCACGGCUACCCUGUCUUCGUCGAGAAUCUCUUUGCCGUUCUCAAGGAAGUUGUUGAGCAGGGCGUCAGAUCUGAUAGACUCCUCCUCGAGGGCCGCCAAAACGGCUCUUCGGACCACGUGAAGCGGCGGCCCAGACCGACAGACAUUAAUGACAUUGUUGCCUACCUCGAUCGGCGCGCUGAACGGAAGAAAUUGCAACAACAAGAUGAAGAGAACAGCACGGUGCAGGGUCACCCUCCUCGACCUUGGGGCCCUGAAGACGAGAAGCAGGAAGAAGAUGACGAAGCCGGCGGCGGCGAAGUCGAACAGGAGAAGCCCCCCAAGACACCAACGUAUGUUCUUCUGGAGAAGGUAGCAAUACUAACACAGCACUAUCUGACCUCCCCAACCCCGACUCUCCGCAAGUCGCUCCUCGACCUCCUCAUCACAGUCGCGCCGGCUCUCGCCGCCGACGAAGAUUCUUUUCUACCCCUCAUCAACACCGUCUGGCCCGUCGUAGUAGCCCGCCUGUAUGACGCCGAAUCUUUCAUCAUCAUCGCCGCAUGCGACACCCUCGCCAUCCUGUGUGCUACGGCGGGUGACUUCCUCGCGUCCCGCAUCAAGACGGAGUGGUCGGAUGCUCUCCACAAGUGGUGUCAAAAAAAGAAACAAGAGGCUCUCGACAACCAGUCUCGCCAGAGCCAGGUCCGCGGAAAGGCCGCCCUCCUCCACGAUGUCGCGCCCGUUCACAACGUCGUCGUACCGGCCCGUGCAGGUGGCACGCGUGAGAUGAAGACUGCAAUUACGAAAGAUAUUUCGCGGUCUUCGCCGUCCUCAGGCGGCGGUCUCGGCCGCUUUGCGUCGGCGGCGCAGACGUGGGAGGCUGUGGUUCGGCUGCUCAUCGCCAUUGUGCGUCACGUGCGGAUCGAGGAUGAAAUCUACGACGGCGUGCUGGCGCUGCUGGCGGAUCGACUGGAGCACGACAACGAGGCACGCGAGGCGCUCGAGGUCGUCAAUGCUGACGCGGUUUGGUUCUGUCUUUAUGAAAGGGGAGCUGUGGAGAUCCUUCCCACGCCAGUGAUGGAGGGUGUGACUUUCCCUGACAUGAUUCAGUACGGCUCUCAAGCAUGA